UGCUAGUGCAUGCUGCGUUUUUUUGUUUUUUUUUGAACCCAUCUAUGUCCAUUGAGGCUCUAUGUAGGACAGUACGUUCUAAACUAUAGGACACCCGUGUCCUAGCUCGUCUAUGUAGUCGUGAAUGCCCCGAGUUGGGACGUAUCCCCUCGGUCCGGUGUUCCUGCCGGCCGUUUUAGCUAUGACGGUCAUGAUGGUGAUUCAGAGCGCCAUGCCAAUGUCAAAGAUAUGGCAGGGACUUGCCGCACAAUUUGGCAUUUCAUGGGUCGUGUUGACUGUCAGCUUUAACGUCAUUGUGACUGCGUUGAUCAUUUUCCAGCUGCUAUUCUUCCAUCGCACAGUACGAUCUGUCCUUACAGAUGAACAGAGGAGUACCUACACAGGUACUACGACAAUUUUGGUAGAGUCUGCAUCAGGAAAAAACAAAUAUCGGUGUAGUCCCAGUGACGGCUACAUAUUGCUACAUAGUCACUGUAGUGAUAUGUAGUUAAAUACGGGGCUAUGUAGAGCUACGGGAGGCGCUGGGAGUA